ACGAAGUCUUUGUUCAACCACCAUCUCGUCGUUUCCACAAGUACUUUUUCAGGGCUGUUCCUGCGAGAGAAUUAUUCUGCAGGUACAUAUUUCGCCAUGACGACUACCGAAAAGCAUCCAGCAGGACUGUGCACCCAACCCACGAACGGUCGUCUUGACUCACCAGAUGAUGGGAGACCUUCGGGCUGGAGAUACCGAAACUUCAAACUCGGACCUAUCACCAUCCCAUGUUAUGCUUCUCCGGAAGCGCAGCUGCUCUUGGUUUCGUUUGUCUGCUUUCUCUGCCCAGGAAUGUUCAAUGCUCUCAAUGGCAUCGGUGGAGCAGGGCAAUUUGACGCUCGCGCGAGCAAUGCCGCGAACUGUGCCGUAUACGCAACCUUUGCCGUAGUCGGCUUCUUCGCUGGUACCGUCACCAAUACCCUCGGUAUCAGGAAAGCCCUUUCCUUUGGCGGCAUCGGAUACUGUGUUUAUGUCGGUGCACAGUUUUGCUUCUCUAAGGUCCAAAAUCUUGGCUAUGUCAUCUUCUCGGGCCUACUGCUUGGUAGCUGCGCAGGCAUUUUGUGGAGUGCGCAAGGUGCGAUCAUGAUGUCGUAUCCUCCUGAAAAUCUGAAAGGUCGAUACAUCUCUUGGUUCUGGAUCAUCUUCAACCUGGGUGCUGUCAUUGGUAGCGUCAUCAGCCUCGGUAUGAAUAUGUCGAAGGACGCAACCAAGCUGGAAGAAGUCCCCGUCGAAGACAAGCCCGGCAUGGCCGAAUGGAAGACCGGUGAUAAUGGUGCAGCUAUUAGCGACGCCACCUACGUGGUUUUCAUAAUCCUGACCUUCCUCGGCGCCUGCUUGUCGUGGACCUUGACCGAUGCAAAGCAUGUUGUGCGCCGGGAUGGUUCGAAGAUCAUUCUGAUGAAGCAUCCGACCUGGCAGUCAGAAAUCCUCGGCCUAUGGAAGACACUCAGGAGUGACCCAUAUAUCAUCCUCCUCUUCCCCAUGUUCUUCGCAUCAAAUUGGUUCUACACCUACCAAUUCAACGAUGUCAAUCUGCCGCGGUUCAAUAUCCGAACCCGUGCUCUCAACAGCACACUAUAUUGGCUUGCACAGAUCUUCGGCGCUGCUGUCUUUGGCUUCGCGUUGGACUCUCCAAAUAUUCGAAGAACUACCAGAGCCAAGAUUGCAUGGCUUGUCAUGUUCAUACUGACCUUCGGUGUUUGGGGCGGAGGCUACGUCUUCCAGAGGAAGUAUACAAGGGACGAGAGGACAAGGCUAGACCUGUAUGACUGGACCUCUCAAGGUUACGUUGGCCCUAUGUUCCUGUACAUCGCCUACGGGUUUUACGACGCAGCAUGGCAGACAUGCGUGUACUGGUAAAAUAACGGCAUACCGAUAGCGACGCUAGCUAACCAGGUGUAGGUUCAUGGGCGCCAUUACCAACAACAGUCGCAAGCUAGCCAACUUUGCAGGCUUCUACAAAGGUAUUCAAUCAGCAGGUGCUGCAAUCGUCUGGCGAUUGGACGACUACAAAAUACCUUACAUGAAUCUGUUUGCUUCGUGUUGGAUCUUACUGGCUGGCAGUCUAGUCGUCGCGCUUCCGGUCAUGCUGCUGAAGAUUAAGGACACCGUGCCAAUCGAGGAAGACCUAAAGUUUACUGACGAGACCGUGGAGGAUGUGAUCGGCCACAAGGUCUCCGCUGAUGGGUCAUAUGGAUACCCGAAGUAAUCUUUGUGUGUACAUAUCGCUUUCCUAGCGACCGUGGGCGAUCCAGUAGAAGACUGUCGUAAUUUGUGUGAUGUACAAGAAUGGAAUAUGAGUUGAUCUGCC